AUAGUGGGACAACGUGACAACAGAACCUUCCUCCUAGCAGUCAUACUGUAGUAGAACGACAGGAAACGCUUGGUUUCUUCUGCACCAUUCUGCUUCCGUAGGUGUACUGAUAGCACCCUACCAUCUACUAAACCUGCCAACCAACCUUCAGUUUCCAUCACCUCUCCUUCCACCUGCAGAGAGAGAGAGAUAGAGAAAAAGAAAUCACCUUAAGAAAGGGAGAGAAGGCAGUUAUCAUGGAUACGAGGAAGCACCUGUGUUCCCUGGCCCGUAUGUUGCUGCCUGCCCUGGGCUUUGUCCUCAUCUGUGUGGGGGCCUACCUGAUGUCCCUCCACAAUGUCUACAACAGCUCCCUGUGUUACAUCCUGGCCUACGUCCUCAUUGCCUUUGGCUUGUGUUGCCUCCUCACCGGGGUCUUCUGGACCAUCUGCCAUGGCAUGAAGAGGAAGAGGCAGAGGAGCAGGAGCCACCACACCACUGCACACAUCCAUGUCUACACCGUUGACAGACCCAGCUUCCACCUUCCUUCAUAUGAGGAGUCUCAGCACAACCACACCUCUGCCUUCUCUGCUACUGCAGCUGCAGCUUACUCUGUGCUGGGGCUCUCUGAAGACGGCCUGAGGUUCAAUCUGCCCCCCCCUCUGUACACCCAGGACAUCUCUGAGGCCCCAGACGACACCUUCAACCAUGAAGAACCACCUGCUUACUCUGAGAUGGCCAUGCAGCUGCACAGGGAGCCACAGGGGCUUCCACAGCAACCAGAACAUUCCGGUUUGGACAGAGUUCCAUGUCCUGAGCUGGAUGGUCGAUAGGUGGUGGACUCUGGAAGGUGAUGACAUCACCUUUGUGUACUGUUUAAAACGAGUGUCUCCCUGCCUGACCUUUGACCUCCGAUCUUUCAGGAGAUGUAAACUACAUGGCCCUUUCUGCUCAGAGAGAGGUUUUCUGGAGAACGGAGACAGGUGGGAGUGAUAGCUAGGAAUGAGACUGUCUUGAGCUUUUGCUGAGACCUGAGAUACUAUGUGACUGAAAACAUCUUUGCUGUUUCACAUGUGGCUGAACGGUAGUAACCAAUAGCAACAGGUCGUACAGUGAGCUACAGGUUGAUCAAGACAAAUGUCUACAGAAUGCUAGUGAAGAAUAACAGUCUAGGUAUGGAUGUCUCUAUAAAUCUGAUGCACUUUAAAAAACAAAGACCUACUUGUUUUUGCUCGUUGUUGGAUGUGACUGAGUGCAGUAUUGGAACACUAUAUAUACAAAAGUAUGUGGACACCCCUUCAAGUUAGUGGAUUUGGCUAUUUCAGCCACACUUGUUUCUGACAGGUGGAUAAAAUCAAGCACACAGCCAUAGGAUGUCAACUUUCCAACAAGUCAGCUGCUCAAAUGUCUUCCCUGCUAGAGCUUCCCCAGUUAAAUGUAAGUGCUGUUAUUGUGAAGUGGAAAUGUCUAGGAGCAACAACGGCUCAGCCGCAAAGUGGUAGGCCACACAAGUUCACAGAAUGGGACCACCAAGAGCUGAAGCGCAUAGCUACCAAGUUCCAAGCUGCCUCUGGAAGCAACAUCAGCACAAGAACUGCUCAUCGGGGGCUUCAUGAAAUGGCUUUCCAUGGCCGAGCAGCCGCUCACAAGCCUAAGAUCACCAUGCGCAAUGCCAAGCGACGGCGGGAGUGGUGUAAAGCUCGCCGCCUUUGGACUCUGGAGCAGUGGAAACGUGUUCUCUGGAGUGAUGAAUCACACUUAACCGUCUGGUAGUCCAACGGACAAAUCUGGGUUUGGUGGAUGCCAGGAGAACGCUACCUGCCCCGAAGCACAGUGCCAACUGUAAAGUUUGGUGGAGGAGGAAUAAUGGUCUGGGGCUGUUUUCAGGGUUCCUAGCAUACAAUGACAUUCUAGACGAUUCUGUCCAGUUGAUACUUUCUCCACAUUCAUGUACUUUUCACAACAAUCAAACUCAUCAAUAAAAGAGGGGCUGAAGAUUUAAGUCUCAGAUUACGUAACUUGAUAAACACACACACACCCAGCCUCUAUUUGGCUCAUUCAAACCCUCUGCCCUCCACUGCAACACACACAGCCUCUAGUCGGCUCAUUCAAACCCUCUGCAACACACCCAGCCUCUAGUCGGCUCAUUCAAACCCUCUGCAACACACCCAGCCUCUAGUCGGCUCAUUCAAACCCUCUGCAACACACCCAGCCUCUAGUCGGCUCAUUCAAACCCUCUGCAACACACCCAGCCUCUAGUCGGCUCAUUCAAACCCUCUGCACUCCACUGCAACACACGCAGCCUCUAGUCGGCUCAUUCAAACCCUCUGCUCUCCACUGCAACACACGCAGCCUCUAGUCGGCUCAUUCAAACCCUCUGCAACACACCCAGCCUCUAGUCGGCUCAUUCAGACCCUCUGCUCUCCACUGCAACACACGCAGCCUCUAGUCGGCUCAUUCAAACCCUCUGCUCUCCACUGCAACACACCCAGCCUCUAGUCGCUCAUUCAAACCCUCUGCAACACACGCACCCUCGGAGUGUGGUGUCAGGAAAAUAACCUCACACUCAACGUCAACAAAACUAAGGAGAUGAUUGUGGACUUCAGGAAACAGCAGAGGGAACACCCCCCUAUCCACAUCGAUGGAACAGUAGUGGAGAGGGUAGCAAGUUUUAAGUUCCUCGGCAUACACAUCACAGACAAACUGAAUUGGUCCACUCACACUGACAGCGUCGUGAAGAAGGCGCAGCAGCGCCUCUUCAACCUCAGGAGGCUGAAGAAAUUCGGCUUGUCACCAAAAGCACUCACAAACUUCUACAGAUGCACAAUCGA